AUGGCUCGGUUGAGCUUCCUGCUUGUGAGCUGCCUCACACUGCUCGUCGGUAUCGCCAGCGCCGCUUCCGCUGUCAUUGAUCUGCUUCCCAAGAAUUUCGACGAUGUCGUCCUCAAGUCCGGAAAGCCCGCUCUCGUUGAAUUCUUCGCCCCUUGGUGUGGCCACUGCAAGACACUCGCACCCGUCUAUGAAGAGCUCGCUCAGGCUUUCGAAUCCGCCAAGGACAAGGUGACUGUGGCCAAGGUGGAUGCGGACGAACACAGAGAUCUUGGAAAGAGAUUUGGUGUCCAGGGAUUCCCUACCCUGAAGUGGUUCGAUGGCAAGAGCGACAAGCCCGAGGACUACAAGGGUGGCCGGGAUCUGGAGAGCCUGUCGGCGUUCAUUACGGAGAAGACGGGCAUCAAGCCUCGUGGACCAAAGAAGGAGCCUAGCAAGGUUGAGAUGUUGACUGAGACUUCAUUCAAGUCUACCAUUGGCGGUGACAAGAAUGUGUUGGUUGCUUUCACUGCGCCUUGGUGCGGACACUGCAAGAACCUUGCCCCUACUUGGGAGACCCUCGCCAAUGACUUCGCACUCGAGCCCAACGUUGUGAUCGCCAAGGUCGACGCCGAGGCAGAGAACUCCAAGGCUCUCGCCAAAGAACAAGGCGUCACCGGAUACCCCACCAUCAAGUUUUUCCCCAAGGGCUCAACCGAGCCCAUUUCUUACACCGGUGCUCGUUCCGAGGAGGCCUUCAUCGAGUUCCUGAACGCCAACGCCGGUACUAACCGUGCCGUUGGUGGAGGUCUGAACGAGAAGGCCGGCACAGUCGCCGCUCUUGAUGAGUUCAUCACCAAGUACGUCUCGUCGCGCAACGCUAAGGAGCUGGUUGCGGAGGUUAAGAAGGCUGCCAAGGGUCUUCAGGACAAGUAUGCUCAAUACUAUGUUAAGGUUGCUGAGAAGAUCAGCCAGAACGAGGAGUAUGCCAGCAAGGAGCUGGCUCGUCUCAAAAAAAUCCUUGAGAAGGGUGGCUCGGCCCCCGAGAAGAUGGACGAUAUUGUUUCUCGCAGCAACAUCCUGCGCAAGUUUGUCGGCGAGAAAGAGACUGAUGCCAAGGACGAGCUGUAG